AUGACCGGCUCUACGAUGUUGCGGAAUGGGGGCGUGGGGAACGGAGGCCAGCCGUGGGUGCUGAGGUGGUCCAGUCGCAUCCGGCUCACCUGGCUGAGCUUCACCCUCUUCAUUAUCCUCGUCUUCUUCCCCCUCAUCGCCCACUACUACCUGACCACCAUCGACGACGCCGACGACGCCGGCAAGCGCAUCUUCGGGCCUCGCACGGGCAACGAGCUGUGCGAGGUGAAGCACGUGCAGGACCUGUGCCGCAUCCGCGAGUCGGUCAGCGAGGAGCUGCUCCAGCUGGAGGCCAAGCGCCAGGAGCUCAACAGCGAGAUCGCCAAGCUCAACCUGAAGAUCGAGGCCUGCAAAAAGAGCAUUGAAAAUGCCAAGCAGGACCUGCUGCAGCUGAAGAACGUCAUCAGCCAGACCGAGCAUUCCUACAAAGAGCUGAUGGCUCAGAACCAGCCCAAGCUCUCCUUGCCCAUCCGGCUGCUGCCGGACAAAGACGACGCGACCUUCCCCCUGCCCAAAUCCAGCCGGAGCUGCAGGCUGCACAACUGCUUCGACUACUCCCGCUGCCCCUUGACCUCUGGCUUCCCAGUCUACGUCUACAACAGCGAUGAUUACCCCUUUGGGAGUUCCUUAGACCCUUUAAUUAAACAAGCCUUUGAGGCGACUGUCAGAACUAACGUUUAUGUUACUGAAAACGCAAACAUUGCUUGUGUGUAUAUAGUUUUAGUGGGGGAAAUGCAAGAGCCCGCGAUGCCAAAACCUACUGAACUAGAGCAACAGUUGCACUCUCUGCCAUAUUGGAGGACUGAUGGACAUAACCAUCUCAUCAUCAACCUGUCGAGGAAGUCGGAGACUCAGAACUUCCUCUACAACAUCAGCACGGGGCGUGCCAUGGUCGCCCAGUCCACCUUCUACGAGGCGCAGUACCGGCCGGGCUUUGACAUCGUCAUCUCGCCUCUGGUCCACGCCAUGUCUGAACCCAACUUCCUAGAGAUCCCCCCUCAGGUGCCGGUGAAACGUAAGUACCUGUUCAGUUUCCAGGGGGAGAAGAUCGAGUCUCUGCGGUCUAGCCUGCAGGAGGUUCGCUCCUUUGAGGAGGAGAUAGAAGGCAACGCCCCCGCUGACUACGACGACCGCAUCAUUACCACCCUGAAGGCCGUGCAGGACAGCAAGCUGGACUUUGUUCUGGUGGAGUUCACGUGUAAGAACCAGCCUAAGGCGAGUCUGCCCACUGAGUGGGCUCUGUGUGGAGAAAGGGACGACAGACUAGAGCUACUGAAGCUAUCUACUUUUGCACUGAUAAUCACCCCGGGGGACACCCGUUUAGUGAUCUCCGCCGGGUGUGCCAUGAGACUGUUUGAGGCUCUGGAAGUCGGAGCCAUCCCGGUGGUUCUCGGAGAGCAAGUUCAGCUACCCUACAACGACGUGAUCCGGUGGAACGAGGCAGCCUUAAUCAUACCAAAGCCACGUAUCACAGAAGUGCACUUCCUUCUGAGAAGCAUUUCUGACAACGACCUCCUUGCCAUGAGGAGGCAGGGCCGCUUCUUGUGGGAGACCUACUUCUCCACCUCUGACAACGUGUUCAGCACGGUCUUGGCCGUCAUAAGGACUCGAAUCCAAAUCCCGGCCGCUCCCAUCCGAGAGGAAACCGCCGUGGAGAUUCCCCACAGGUCUGGCAAAGCUGCUGGCACGGACCCCAACAUGGCAGACAACGGUGACCUGGACUUGGGGCCUGUGGAAACAGAACCACCUUAUGCAUCUCCCAAAUAUCUCCGCAAUUUCACCCUCACCGCCAUGGACAUCUACAGGAAUUGGAAUUCUGCGCCGGGGCCUUUCCACCUCUUCCCCUACACUCCCUUUGACCCUGUUUUACCAUCGGAAGCAAAAUUUUUGGGGUCUGGGACUGGCUUUCGACCAAUUGGUGGAGGAGCAGGUGGCUCUGGGAAGGAGUUCCAGGCUGCUUUGGGUGGCAACGUCCCCCGGGAGCAGUUCACGGUAGUGAUGUUGACUUACGAGCGGGAGGAAGUGUUGAUGAACUCCCUAGAAAGGCUCAAUGGUCUCCCCUACUUAAAUAAAGUUGUGGUGGUGUGGAACUCUCCCAAGCUUCCCUCCGAGGAUCUCCUGUGGCCAGACAUUGGUGUCCCAAUCAUG